AUGCGUCCUGAAAUUGAACAAGAAUUGGCUCACGUCUUAUUGACUGAGUUAUUGGCUUAUCAAUUUGCUAGUCCUGUCAGAUGGAUUGAAACUCAAGAUGUCUUUUUAAAAGAUUACAACACUGAAAGAGUUGUUGAAAUUGGUCCUUCACCAACUUUAGCUGGUAUGGCUACUAGAACAAUUAAGGCUAAAUAUGAAUCUUAUGAUGCUGCUUUAUCUUUACAAAGACAAGUUUUAUGUUAUGCUAAAGAUGCUAAAGAAAUUUAUUAUACUCCAGAUCCUGCUGAUUUAGAAGCCGCUGCCGCUGCUGCUUCUGGUUCUGGUUCUGCUGCUACUGAAUCUGCUUCAGCUCAAUCAUCUGCUCCAGCUGCCUCUGCUACUCCUGCCUCUGCUGCUGCUGCUCCUUCAGCUCCAGCUCCAGCUCCAUCUGGUCCAGUUGCUGAAAUCCCAGAUGAACCAGUUAAAGCUUUAUUAUUGAUUCAUGUUCUUGUUGCUCAAAAAUUGAAAAAAUCUUUAGAUCAAGUUCCUGUUUCAAAAGCUAUUAAAGAUUUAGUUAAUGGUAAAUCAACUGUUCAAAAUGAAAUCUUGGGUGAUUUAGGUAAAGAAUUUGGUUCAACUCCUGAAAAACCUGAAGAAACUCCAAUUGAAGAAUUAGCUGAAACUUUCCAAGAAACUUUCUCUGGUGCUUUAGGUAAACAAUCUUCUUCUUUAAUUGCUAGAUUAAUGUCAUCUAAAAUGCCUGGUGGGUUCUCUGUUGGUACUGCUAGAAAAUAUUUACAAACUCGUUGGGGUUUAGGUUCUGGUAGACAAGAUUCUGUUUUAUUAUUAUCUUUAACUUCAGAACCUCCAGCUCGUUUAGGUAAUGAAAAUGAUGCUAAAGCUUACUUGGAUGGUAUUGCUCAAAAAUACGCUGCUUCUGCAAACAUUUCAUUAGCUUCUGCUGCUUCUUCAGGUGGUUCUUCAGGUGGUGCUGGUGGUGCUACUAUUGAUGCCGCUGCUUUUGAAGAAUUAACUAAAGAUAAUAAAAUCUUGGCUCGUCAACAAUUACAAGUUCUUGCUCGUUAUUUAAAAUUAGAUUUAAAUAAAGGUAAUAAAUUGGUUGAUGAACAAAAAGAUCAAUUGAAAGAUUUACAAGAUCAAUUAGAUCAUUUAACUAAUGAAUUAGGUGAUUAUUUCAUUGAAGGUAUUACUUCUUCAUUCUCAAGAAAGAAGGCUAGAACUUAUGAUUCUUCAUGGAAUUGGUCAAGACAAUCUUUAUUAACUUUAUAUUUUGAAAUUAUUCAUGGUACUUUAAAAAGAGUUGAUAGAGAAUUAGUUUCAGAAGCUAUUAAUAUUAUGAAUCGUUCAAAUGAUACUUUAAUCAAAUUCAUGGAAUAUCAUAUUAAUCAAGCUGAUGCUUCAAAAGGUGAAAACUAUAUCUUGGCUAAAGAACUAGGUAAUCAAUUGAUUGAAAAUUGUAAACAAGUUUUAGAUUUAGAUCCAGUUUAUAAAGAUAUUUCUUAUCCAUUAGGUCCAAAAACUAAUGUUGAUCAUAAAGGUAACAUUAAAUAUUCAGAAGAACCAAGAGAAAAUGUUCGUAAAUUCCAACAAUAUGUUCAUGAAAUGUCUCAAGGUUCAGAAGUUACUAGACAACCUCAACAAACUAUUGAACAAGAUUUAACUAAAGUUUAUAAUGCUAUUUCAAAACAAGCUGAAUUAUCUUCAGGUACUAAAGUUGAAUUUGAAAAAUUAUAUGGUGAUUUAAUUAAAUUUUUACAAACUUCAAAUGAAAUUGAAAUUAAACAAAACACAACAGUUGCAGGUUUCAAUGAUGAUAAUUUAGAUUCUGAUUCAACUAAAGAAGUUGCUUCAUUACCAACUACUUCUUCAAUUAAAAACCCAGUUUCAAAAGUUAUCCCACCUGAAACUAUUCCAUUCUUACAUUUAAAGAAAAGAUUACCUGAUGAUUCAUGGGCUUAUGAUCGUCAAUUAACUUCAGUUUUCUUGGAUGGUUUAGAACAAGCUGCUGUUAAUGGUGUUACUUUUAAAGGUAAACAUGUUUUAAUUACAGGUGCCGGUGCUGGUUCAAUCGGUGCUGAAGUUUUAAAAGGUUUAAUUCAAGGUGGUGCCAAUGUUAUUUUAACAACUUCAAGAUUUAGUAAAAAAGUUACUGAAUAUUAUCAACAAAUUUAUGCCAAAUAUGGUGCAAGAGGUUCUUCAUUAGUUGUUGUUCCAUUCAACCAAGGUUCAAAACAAGAUGUUGAAGCUUUAGUUGAUUACAUUUAUGAUGAUGUUAAAAAAGGUGGUUUAGGUUGGGAUUUAGAUGCUAUUGUUCCAUUUGCUGCUAUUCCAGAAAAUGGUAAUGAAAUUAAUAACAUUGAUUCUAAAUCUGAAUUUGCUCAUCGUAUUAUGUUGACUAAUUUAUUAAGAAUUUUAGGUUCUGUUAAAAACCAUAAAUCUGAUAGAGGUAUUGAAACUAGACCUGCUCAAGUUAUUUUACCAAUGUCUCCAAAUCAUGGUACUUUUGGUGCUGAUGGUUUAUACUCUGAAUCUAAAUUAUCAUUAGAAACUUUAUUCAACAGAUGGUAUUCUGAAAGUUGGGCUAAUCAAUUAACCAUUUGUGGUGCUGUUAUUGGUUGGACUAGAGGUACUGGUUUAAUGAGUGCUAACAACAUUAUUUCUGAAGGUAUUGAAAAGUUAGGUGUUAGAACCUUCUCUCAAUCAGAAAUGGGUUUCAACUUGUUAGGUUUAUUAACUCCAGAAAUUACUGAUUUAUGUCAAAAAGGUCCUGUUUUAGCUGAUUUGAAUGGUGGUUUACAAUUCAUCAGUUCAUUAAAAGAACGUACCAAUAAAUUAAGAUCAGAAAUUAUGGAAACUUCUGAUAUUAGAAGAGCUGUUUCAAUUGAAACUGCAUUAGAACAUAAAAUUGUUAAUGGUUCAAAUGCUGAUGCUCCAUUCGCUAAAACUGAAAUUAAUCCAAGAGCUAAUAUGAAAUUUGAUUUCCCAACUUUAAAAUCUUAUGAUGAAAUUAAAAAAGCUGCUCCUCAAUUAGAAGGUUUAUUAAACUUGGAAAAAGUUAUUGUUGUUACAGGUUUCUCUGAAGUCUCUCCAUGGGGUUCUGCUAGAACCAGAUGGGAAAUGGAAGCUUAUGGUGAAUUUUCUUUAGAAGGUUGUAUUGAAAUUGCUUGGAUUAUGGGUUUAAUUAAAUACCAUAAUGGUAACUUGAAAGGUAGACCAUACAGUGGUUGGGUUGAUGCUAAAACUAAUGAACCAGUUGAUGACAAAGAUGUUAAACCUAAAUAUGAAGAACAUAUCUUAGAUCACUGUGGUAUUAGAUUAAUUGAACCUGAAUUAUUCAAUGGUUAUAAUCCAAACAAGAAAGAAUUAGUUCAAGAAGUUGUUAUUGAAGAAGAUUUAGCUGAAUUUGAAGCUUCAAAAGAAACUGCUGAACAUUUCAAACAUCAACAUGGUGAUAAAGUUAGUAUUCAAGAAAAUCCAGAAUCUGGUGAAUAUACUGUUCAAAUUUUGAAAGGUGCUUCAUUAUUAAUUCCAAAAGCUUUGAAAUUUGAUCGUUUAGUUGCUGGUCAAAUUCCAACUGGUUGGGAUGCUAGACGUUAUGGUAUUUCAGAAGAUACUAUUCAACAAGUUGAUCCAAUUACUUUAUACGUUUUGGUUGCCACUGUUGAAGCUUUCAUUUCUGCUGGUAUCAGUGAUCCAUAUGAAUUAUACAAAUACAUUCAUGUUUCUGAAUUAGGUAACUGUUCAGGUUCUGGUAUGGGUGGUGUUUCUGCCUUACGUGGUAUGUUCAAAGAUCGUUAUAAAGAUGAACCAGUUCAAAAUGAUGUCUUACAAGAAUCAUUUAUCAACACUAUGUCCGCUUGGGUUAACAUGUUGUUAAUUUCCUCAUCAGGUCCUAUUAAGACUCCAGUCGGUGCUUGUGCUACUGCUGUUGAAUCUUUAGAUAUUGGUGUUGAAACCAUCAUUUCAGGUAAAGCUAAGGUUUGUAUUGUUGGUGGUUAUGAUGAUUUCCAAGAAGAAGGUUCAUAUGAAUUCGCUAACAUGAACGCUACUUCAAAUACAUUAGAUGAAUUUGAACAUGGUCGUACUCCAAGUGAAAUGUCAAGACCAGCCACUACUACCAGAAAUGGUUUCAUGGAAGCUCAAGGUUCAGGUAUUCAAGUUAUUAUGAAUGCUGAUUUAGCUAUUAAGAUGGGUGUUCCAAUUUAUGGUGUCUUAGGUUUAACUGCUACUGCUUCAGAUAGUAUCGGUAGAUCAGUUCCAGCUCCAGGUAAAGGUAUUUUGACCACUGCUAGAGAACAUCAUGGUGAUUUGAAACACAAAUCUACAUUAAUGGAUAUUUCUUACAGAAAACGUCAAGUUGAAAGAAGAAUCAGAGAAGUUAAACAAUGGGUUGAUUCUGAAUACGAAUUCUUGGGUGAAGAUGCUAAACAAUACCCAGAAGAAGAACAAUCAACUUACAUUACUGAAAGAGUUGCUGAAAUUCAAAGUGAAGCUCAAAGUCAAAUCAAUCAAGCUAAAGAUUACUAUGGUAACUUCUUUUAUCAAAAUAAUCCAAGAAUUGCUCCAAUCCGUGGUGCUUUGGCUACUUUUGGUUUAACCAUUGAUGAUAUUGAUGUCUGUUCAAUGCAUGGUACUUCUACUAAAGCUAAUGAUAAGAAUGAAUCUAAUACAUUAGAUUUAAUGUUUAGACAUUUGGGUAGAAGUGAAGGUAACCCAGCUUUAACUGUUGUCCAAAAAUACUUAACUGGUCAUCCAAAAGGUGCUGCUGGUGCUUGGAUGUUCAAUGGUGCUUUACAAAUCUUAAACUCUGGUAUUGUUCCAGGUAACCGUAAUGCUGAUAACAUUGAUGCUGUCUUAGAACAAUUUGAUUACUUAUUGUUCCCAUCUAGAUCAAUCAAAACUGAUGGUGUUAAAGCUGUCUCUAUUACAUCUUUCGGUUUCGGUCAAAAAGGUGCACAAGCUAUUGCUAUUAACAGUGACUACUUAUUUGGUGUUUUAUCAAGAGAACAAUAUGAAACUUAUGCUGCCAAAUUCGCUGAAAGACACAACAAAGCUUACUCUCAUCAUCAUGAAGCUUUCAUCAACAACUCAUUAUUCAGAGUUAAAGAUAAAGCACCAUAUUCAGAUGAAUUACAAAACCCAGUUUACUUAGAUCCAUUAGCUAGAGUUGGUGCUGCUAAAUCAGGUAAAUUAGAAUUUGCUCAAAAAGGUGUUCAAGGUAAAGGUGGUUACAUCACUGCUUCAUCAAAAGAUACCUCAAAAAUCUUGAGUGAUUUAGCUUCUAAUGCUGCUGGUAAAAAGAAUGUUGGUGUUGAUGUUGAAUUAAUUUCUUCAAUUAACAUUGAAAAUGAAACCUUCAUUGAACGUAACUUCACUGAAGCUGAAAUCAAAUACUGUCAAAGUGCACCAUCUCCACAAUCAUCAUUUGCUGGUACUUGGUCAGCUAAAGAAGCUGUUUUCAAAGCUUUAGGUGUUGAAUCUAAAGGCGCUGGUGCUCAAUUGAAAGAUAUUGAAAUUUUACGUGAUUCAAAUGGUGCUCCAAAAGUCCAAUUCCAUGGUGAUGCUUUAAAAGUUGCCAAAGGUGAAGUUAAAGUUAGUAUCAGUCAUGAUGACUUCCAAAGUGUUGCUGUUGCAAUCUUGAACUAG